CACGAAAAGAGAAAAAUAAACCGGCAAAAACGAGUCCGUAAGGCCGAGCAAGCUCUUUUAUAUGAUCAGGAGGGAGGCUAGACUGCGCCUUCCUAUUGGAUAAGAACAGGAACCAAUCAGAAAAGAACGCGGAGCCACCCUAAUUUGCAUAUGCCUUACCCGAGAUGACGUAACGCGAAAUUUUAUUCAAUCAAAGGGAGUGAUGCCUGAUUCUUCAUUUGAAUACAAGGCUUACAAAUAUACUUGCUUCAGGGGCGCUGGCAUUUCUGUAGUGCCCCUAGACAUUAUGCCUGAUCCCUCCAAAUCUGCUCCAGCCCCCAAAAAAGGCUCCAAAAAGGCCGUCACCAAGGUGCAAAAAAAGGAUGGCAAGAAACGCAAACGGGGCCGCAAGGAGAGCUACUCCAUCUACGUGUACAAGGUGCUGAAGCAGGUGCAUCCGGACACCGGCAUCUCGUCCAAGGCCAUGGGCAUCAUGAACUCCUUCGUCAACGACAUCUUCGAGCGCAUCGCCAGCGAGGCCUCCCGCCUGGCGCAUUACAACAAACGCUCGACCAUCACGUCCCGCGAGGUGCAGACGGCCGUGCGCCUGCUGCUGCCGGGGGAGCUGGCCAAGCAUGCUGUGUCCGAGGGCACCAAGGCAGUCACCAAGUACACCAGCUCCAAGUGAGACGAGGCGAGGGUGCCCUCAAUUCAAAGGCUCUUUUCAGAGCCACCCAUACGGUCGUUAAAAGGGUCUUGAACACAGCAUAGGUCUGAUAAUUGCUACACGCCUGAGGCGUUCCCUGACCCUGGGUGCGGCCAAGUCUGAUUUUUGAGCGAGGAAUGUGGGGAUAUGGCUGAUUUGCUCUUCCUAAGAGUGAACGAUAGCCGCGGGAGCAGGCAAGGGGCGUGGGUCCCCUUCCCAAGCCUGGAGCUUCGUUGACGAGAUCAUAGUGCAGUGUUAACUCUGGAUGUGCGCCCCGCCCCCGCCCCCCUCCCCCCCGCGGCCUCUGAACCCGCGUUCCAUUUAGUACCUUUUCUGGAAUAGAGAGAUGUCUUUAUCCCCUGAAAAUGGCCAUUCUGACAUAUCAAGUCAAUAAAUUGCAGUUCGCUGGAAACGGGGCGGAGGCGGGGGCUGGGGGGAGGGGAGGUGCUGCACACCGCAAUGCCUGCGUGCAGGAGCUAGGAUGUAGCCAGCAGGAGCUGCCAGCAGCAGUUUCAGUGGGUUAGGGGAUGGGGAUGGGUGGUGAGAAAGAAUUGCGAUGUUUUGAGCAAGAGUUGUUCCUCAAAGCUGAGUUGUUUUCUAUGAAGCAUUAGUAAAAGAAUAUUCCACACUCAGCAUUUAUUUGGAGAACGCCAUUUUUAUCGGAGACGUUUGGGCAGGAAAUCUUACCUGUGGAAAGAGCAUCACUUUCCUUGGUUUGGCUUUUAUUUAUGAAAAGAGGAUUCCUGAUAACUAUUUGGGCUGCUAUGAGACAUAUCGAGAGUUAUAUGGUCACCAGCGGGGAAUACUUUUUUACCAGGUUGUCAAAGGGAGCUCCUCUCCUCUGGACUCAUGCUAACCGGCAUUUAGGAGAGGGGAUCUUCGCUGGAACUUCCUACAGCAGCUGCGCCACCUGCUUUCCAGCUUGGUCCACAUAAAAGUGUUUUUGAUGACAUCAUGUGUUUUAAAGUUAGCAUAUGAAGUAUUUUUACCCUAAAUUCAAGUAACUAAUUUCAAAGAUGCAAAUGACAAAGCAGACUUUUUAAAAUCAUUUUUAAAACUAUUCUUUAAAAUACCUAUUGCUUUAUCAAUUUAACACCAGAGUCAGGUCAAAAUAAUUCUUAUAAAUAUAUUCUUCCGGAGAAUGUCUCUCUUAUUUUCCUUCUGCUUCAAA